AUGAGCUGUCGACUACAGUACAUGCCCCGUCCCUGUGGUCGAGCUCCUCGGCCGCACGUCCUGGCAAGAGGCAACCUGGGCAAGGCGUCGCGCACGUCUUUGCCAGACAGCAAGAUACCCCUGACCAAAAUGGACUCAACCGGAUUCCACUCCAUACACAAGGACCAGCUCGUGGACUCGGUCAACACGCGCGCAUGCAGGGCAUCUAGAGCUAGGCUCUUCAAGGAGUACAAGGAGGUGCAGCGAGAAAAGUCAGCCGACCCAGAUAUCCAAUUAAUCUGUGAUGAUUCAAAUAUAUUCAAAUGGACUGCUGUAAUCAAGGGCCCAUCGGAGACACCUUUUGAAGGUGGCGUAUUUCAACUUGUAUUCUCAAUUCCCGAGCAGUAUCCUCUACUGCCUCCGCAAGUCCGCUUCAUCACCAAAAUUUUCCACCCAAAUGUUCACUUCAAGACUGGUGAAAUAUGCCUGGAUAUAUUGAAAAAUGCAUGGAGCCCUGCAUGGACCCUACAAUCUGUUUGCAGAGCCAUUAUUGCGUUGAUGGCCCAUCCAGAAGCAGACAGCCCACUUAACUGUGACUCAGGCAAUCUUCUUCGCUCCGGUGACAUCAGAGGCUACCAGUCCAUGGCGCGGAUGUACACCAGGCUAGCUGCCAUGCCAAAGAAAGAGUAA